GACACGAUGGCGCGUCUUCACGUCGUCCUGGCCCUCGCAGGCCUUGUGCUCGCCGUCCACGCGGAGAUUGCCGCCGCCGGUUUCUUUGCCCCGGCGGUGCUCGACGUGGACAGUCCAAAACAAAACGAGGAGGCCUUCCAAGACACCAUGCGCUGCGUUCUCAGCCGUGACGACUACAAGUUCUGCGGCUCCAACUCUGUCUCCAUUAAAUAUACCAUAUGGCGGCUCUUGGAGAAAGGCUGCAACAGCUGUACGGAAGACGAGCGGAAGGUGUACAGUUUCAUGGCGUACCUGUCCAACAACAGGUCGAAUGAGUGGCAGCAAGUCCUGAGUAUGUACGACCCCCAGGGCGACUUCAAGAGGAAGAACGGCGAUCAGUGGAAAGGAUACGGCGUCCUUCUGUAAAGCUCUUGUAUCCGAUACCAUUUGGCGGCUAUUGGAGAAAGGGUGCAACAGCUGUACGGACGACGAGCUGAAGGUGUUCAGGUUCAUGGCGUACCUGUCCAACAACAGACCGAAUGAGUGGCAGAAGGUCCUGAACCAGUACGACCCACAGGGCGAAUUCAGGAGGAGGAACGGCGCACAGUUGAGACAAUACGGCGUUGCUGUGUAAUGCUCUUGUAUACAGUAAAAA